AUGGCAACCGGGAACGGUGCUGCUUUUGCCGCUCUGUGCACUCGGGGAGUUGAUGUCAAUUCAGGCUUGAUUGGCUCCACCAUACAUUAUGCUGCUGCUUACGGCCAGUUACAGAUAGUGAAAACAUUGCUGGGUCUGACACCGUAUACAGAAAAACAUGGAACGGAAAACAAUUUGGCCAAUCCACGACUGCGAGACAUUUAUGGUCGUACACCAACACAACUAGCUUUGCAAGCAUUGAAUGCUGCUUAUGAGCGUGGUUCUAAUCCGGAACGGUACAGAAAAUUGCUAAAAAUAUUGCAAAAAGCUGAAGAACGAUUCAAACAAGAUUUAUCUGUCGAGCGGAACACCUCUUUUGCUAAACUUCUUAAAAGUGCAUUGCCGGUGCUGACUGAAGUUUACCUGACAACCACGAAACCUUCCAUUCGUGAUCCCACCUAUCCACGAGUGUACGUAUUGGGUUGA